AUGGCUAAGGAUCUGAAGCAGUUUGCUAUGGAUGGAUUAGUAAAUAUCGUUGGUGGAUGCUGUGGUACUACUCCAGAUCACAUAGCGGCUAUGGCAAAAGUGCUUAAGGGAGUUGCUCCACGCCGCCCACCUCCCGAUCCUAACGCUGGCAACAUGCUACUCUCUGGCCUUGAGCCUAUGGUCGUUGGGCCUUUCACGAAUUUUGUGAAUAUUGGUGAACGUUGCAACGUUGCUGGAUCGAGACGUUUCUGCAAGCUGAUCAAGAACGAGGACUACGAACAAGCCAUCGAUGUGGCUAGAAAACAAGUUGAGAGCGGCGCUCAAGUUCUGGAUGUGAACAUGGACGACGGCCUGCUAGACGGUCCUUAUGCAAUGAGCAAAUUCUUGAGAUUGAUCGCAACAGAGCCGGACGUGGCGAAAGUUCCCUUCUGUAUUGACUCUUCCGAUUUCUCUGUGAUCAUUGCCGGGUUGGAGUCUGUACAAGGAAAAUGUAUUGUGAAUUCAAUUUCACUCAAGGAAGGAGAACAGGCCUUCAUUGAGCGUGCUCGCCUUAUACGCAGAUAUGGAGCGGCCGUAGUGGUGAUGGCUUUUGAUGAAGACGGGCAAGCGGCAGAAACGCAACGGAAGUACGAGAUAUGCGAGCGCAGCUACAGAAUACUCACAGAAGAAGUUGGCUUCGAUCCAUGCGAUAUCAUUUUCGAUCCGAAUAUUUUGACCAUUGCAACCGGUAUGGAAGAGCACUCCAACUACGGUGUAUACUUUAUCGAUGCCACGCGAAUGAUUCGGGUGAGUCUUCCAGAGGAUGGACACACUUGGUCUAUGAUCGGAGGGUUGUGA